UUGCAAGUCAACAUUGCAGUCUUAGAAGGAUAAAAGAGAAGUGUAUACAUGACUGCAAUGGAUUGGUUGUUUGUUGGUUCUAUAUUUACACUUUCCCUAGGAGCUGUGUCAUCAUGUCCUCUUUACUGGAUACCGCAUGAGGAAUCGUGCUACGUCAUCCCACAAGUAGCACAAUCGUGGGCGUCAUCAGUGGCGUUCUGUAUGGCUCAUGGUGCGCAUUUGGCAGAAAUAACGUCGCCUGAAGAAAACAACUUUCUAUCAAACCUGGUCAAGCAAAAUCACCCACCGGGAUCUCAAAUCUGGAUUGGUGGAACUGAUGCACUGAGCGAAGGUAAUUGGAUAUGGAGUCACACUGAAGAAAUAUUCCAGUAUCAAAACUGGGACAGCGGUCAGCCGAGCAAUUAUGGUGGUAGUGAGCACUGUGUGACGAUCCGCACCAAUGGGAAGUGGAAUGACAAUCCAUGCUGUGAAAACUUGCAUAGCAUAUGCGAGAAAAGACGAAUGACAGGACCUGGUGUUGGCAAAUAGGUGAUGCUACAUUGCUUUGGGAAACAAUUUUAAAAUAAUUAAAAGAAACGAAAUGUACAUUCACUACAGUAUUUUGUCCUACGAGGACAGAAAACAACAUUCUGAACAAACUGCAGCUUGUUGUAGCUUAAUUGAAUAAACAAAAUAGCAUUUCAAGAGUAUUUAACUUCA